ACUUUCCCGCCAGCACCACCACCCAAAGCUGUGUCAUACACCCACAAUGGCAUUCAAUGGAACCUGGCAGGUCUAUGCCCAAGAGAACUACGAAGAGUUUCUGAAGGCUCUUGCACUGCCAGAUGACCUUAUCAAACUCGCCAAAGACGUGAAGCCUGUUGUUGAAAUAAAACAAAAAGGAGAGGACUUUGUUGUGACAUCGAGGACACCCAAGCAAUCUGUAACUAACUCAUUUACAAUUGGAAAAGAGGCUGAUAUCACUACCAUGGAUGGCAGAAAGCUAAAGUGCACUGUGAACAUGGUAAAUGGAAAGCUCGUGUGCAAAUCAGACAAAUUCUCUCAUGAGCAAGAAGUCAAAGGAAGUGAAAUGGUGGAGACUAUGACUUUUGGUGGAGUAACGUUUGUCAGAAGAAGCAAGAGAGUUUAAAGGCAGAUCACCUUCUUUGUGACAUCUUUACAUACCUAAAAUAAAGUGCAGUUUCCACGA